UUAUAUUCAGUCUUCAUUUUCCCUUCAAAGAGAAAUUUUCCUUUCGAAGCUUUUAGACUGUGUUUAGAAAUCGAAAGAAAAAAAUUAUGAUUUUCUGCUGAAAAAAAAGUUCUAAGAAUUCGAGAUUAACAAUUUUAGUAUAAAUAAAAGAAAAUGCUACUAUCGAAUAGUAUCGAGCGGACUACAGAAAGGUACUCAUACUUCAGCACUGAAUUUUAAAAGUCAAACGACCAUGUUCACGAACAUAAUAAAUUGGACCUUGAUUGCUUUAUCAAAAGUAUGAAAUUUGGAGUUUCCCAUCAUCUCCACCAACGUAAAAUUGUUUCUGCAAAACAUGAUGUAAUAAAAAGUGGAAUGUCUACCUCAAACACAACAACAUCGGAUUUCAAUGAAUGGCUGCGUGCCAUGAAAAUGGUAGCUCGCUUACCAGGAGGUAUGCCGCCAGAGUUUAGACGGAAGCUCUGGCUGGCGUUGGCUGAUCAACACUUUCAAUUGAAAGAAAUUGAUUGGGAAAAGGGACAACAGAAAUGUAUGUGCGAUCAAUCGCUAGACGACAACGAAGAGUUGGGUAUUCAAAUAGUUAAAGAUCUGCAUAGAACUGGCUCUAGUUUAUUUUCCGGUCCCGCUGGAUCGCUCAAUCAGGCUAAAUUGAAAAGAGUGUUAAUUGGUUAUGCCCGUUGGAAUCCGGAAGUAGGCUACUGUCAGGGAUUUAAUAUGUUAGGAGCUUUAAUAUUACAAGUUAUGGAUAAGGAGGAUGUUGAAUCGCUGAAAGUAAUGAUAUUUUUAAUUGAAGGAUGUCUACCAGCAGGUUACUUUAAUGGUUCCCUAGGUGGACUGCAAGCAGAUAUGGCUGUGUUUCGAGACUUACUAAGCGCAAGACUGCCAAAACUUGCAAAACAUUUACAAAAGUUACAAGGACCGAUGGGCGAAGGUUCAUUCGAACCACCGUUAACCAAUGUAUUCACAAUGCAAUGGUUUUUAACCUUAUUUUGUACAUGUUUGCCAAUUAAUUGCGUCCUAAGAGUUUGGGAUUUGGUGCUGAUUGAAGGAAGUGAUAUUCUGUUAAGGACUGCGUUAGCCAUUUGGGGACUGUUAGAAGAGCGAAUCCUAGCUACGAAAACGGCAGAUGAUUUUUAUUGCAAAAUGGGAAUGCUUUCUGGUGAACUGCUAAACGGUCAUUUGUUUGAUUCGAAUGGUCUCAUUCAGAAAGUUGUCGACCUGGGACCUAUACCAGAACUACAAAAGCUCAGAGAUAAACAUCUGUAUAAUAUAGCACCAUGGAGGGAUAAACGUGGUCUGAAAAUAUUUCUAUCUGACGAUGAUGGCGAUUCUGACGACGAUUCCAAGUUAGCAGUAACUGCCGCUUGGGGUAUACGUUUAGGUCGGCGAGGAUCAAUAGGAUUGCCAACGACCAGUAAACAGUCAGAUGGCAAAGAUCGAAUUGCUUUAGAUAUAUCGUUGUUGAAGAAACAGUAUGACAAAUUGCGGGAACGUCAACGACAGGCUCACAUAAUAUUAACCAAUACGGCCAAACAAACUGUCAAUUCGUCGGGCUCUAAUCCUAUGUCGGUGAAUCAAUAUCUAAUGGGACGAAACGCUAUUGUGAGCAAAGGAAAAAGAUUGGGACCACUGCAGGGUUCAAUACCACCCGCACGGAAGCCGUCUAUAUCAUCGAAAGCUAUGAAAAUUUCACCCAAACAAGCGCAUCGAGACGAAACGGAUUCUAACUCUAACAUCAGCGACAAAAAGAAACCAAAGAAAAUGGUUGCACUGGACAGCUUAGAAAGUCAAUCGAAUUAUGAGAAUUAUUCUCCGAAGAAAUCUUCAAGUGCCACAUCAAUCAAAAGCAGUAUUUCAGAUACCUCAUUAUCAACGCCAUCAAAAUCGCGGAAACGAAGUGAAUCGUCGUCAUACAGUGAAGAUAGUGAUGUUAAUUCGAGUACCAGUACAAGUUUAUGCGAUGACGAAAAUUUCGAAUACAGUUUGUCGUCAGUGGAAUCGAGUCCAUUGAAAUUGGUGUAUAAUGUCAAGGAGGGUCAGCCAAAUAUUGACGAAUGUAUACGCAGCUUAAACCUAUACAAGACUGACGAUGGCGUAGAAAAUGGUUGUGACGAAGUAAUAGCAAUUUACGAUCAAAAUGAUGAACCGGCCGAAAUCGAACCGUGUGCAAAUGAUGGAUUUGACAGAAGCAUAAAUCAAACUGAUGAAGCAAACGAACCAUUGAGUGUAUUAGAAUUUGAUAAGAAAAAUUAUGACGACAUAUUGUAUGGAGCAUGUUGCUCGACAACGGGGGAUAUGACUGAAUCGUUUAGUAAUACGUGCGAUAGCGUGAGAAUAAAGUACUCAAAGAAAUAUCAGGAGGAGUUAUUCGGUCGUUCCCUAUCGCCCACUUUUACAACACAAAAUUCACCUCGUUUGGAUAAAACUGAUGCAACGACAAUCAAGAGCACAUCAGAAUUGGUAAACACUCUGGGUAAUCAAAUGCUUGAUGAUUCUGACAUCUUGAUCAAACAAGAGUUGCACAUUGACAAUCCUGUAGGUAUCACCAGUACGAGUCAAUUAUCUCCAAUUGUCGACAUCAGCAAAUACUUAGGCAAUUUUACCAUCAGUCCACUUCGAACACCGUCGUCAUCAUUCCUCGAAUAUUCGUCGAGUGAUUCGAUUCACCAAACUAACACGAAAUCGAAUGACGAAAGUGUGUUUCAGAAGUAUCUAGUCAACGACGAAGGGGUCACGAAUGAAUAUUUUGAAAUCGUUAAUGCUCCCGAACGACCUACGCGUCUCGAUCUAACGCAAUCAUUUUCGGGGAGACCCAUCAGUCCAGAUAACGCGAAAAUACCCAGUUCUCCAUACACAGCUGACGAGGCAAACAAUGAAAUCUCUUUGACCGAAAUCGUUGAUGAGUCGACGGUCCAUUACAAAGCUUACAGUAUGCACGAAAAUGUGCCCAUUUCAACGUCCAAUUCAUCAAUUCGCAUUAAAGAAUUCCCAGAUCGAACAAAUUUCAUCAAAGAAAAAUCUUACUCAUUGGAUGAGUGCACGAAGGACAAGGAAGAAUUUCGACCGACAUCAUGUCCAGAGUCUAGAUGUGACAAAAAUAACACCGAUCGAAUAUCGAAAAUAAUUGAAGAAAAUUCGCAAAUUUUGUGCAGAAUUUUGCAAAAGAAAUUGGCUGGUGAUAAAGGUGACCCAAUGGACGCAAGUGUGACAACAGUUGAAUUAGUUCAUGUGAACGAUGAUAUUGUGGAUAGUUCGACUCCAUUCGACGAUGUGCCGACAUCUGUUGUAUACAAAGCGAUGAAUGCAGAAAAUCAAGAGAAAAUUGUUAUUGAUUAUACCGUCAGUGCUGAUGGUUCAACUGAAGUUAGUUUCCAAGCAGAUAAUGACAAAAUAAAUGCAAUAGUUCCUACUGAACCUACUUCUCUCAACGACAAUAAGAAAGACAAUUCUGACGAAAAAAUGGUAGAUGAUGAUGAAGUAGCCAAAAGUGAAGGUGAUGAUAAAAGUUUAACGGACGCAACGACUGACAGUGAUGUUCUCAAUUACGGCGGUCUACACAUUCCUUUGUCUGAGCCUAAAAUUUCGAAAUUCGACCACAGUUAUUUGAACAGCAACACAGAUUCCAGUUUAAAGGAAACAAAGGAUAUAUUCGAGACGUUGUCUUCCAUAAAAAAUACAAUACAAAAUAUCGAUUCAUUAUGUCAAGACGAACGUCGAUCGAAAUCUCCCUACAGCAACAGAAAGGAUGUUAGCUAUGCAACAAAUUAUGGAAGCAAUACCGUAACAGAAAUCCAUUCGAUGAAAAAAAUGUCGUAUGACUUCACUAAAACUGAUUACCUGCCUUCACGCUACUCCCGAGACCGUAGUCGAGAUGUGUCGCCUCGGCGACGUUUACAAGAAGACGACAAAAAGGAGUACGAGAGCAGAACGAGAAGAGAUCUGCCGAUGAGCCUACCCCAUAAACAAAGCUUCAAUUCAGUCGACGUAAGCGGCGAAUCGAAAACAAAAGAUUACAGCAGCUACAUACCAAAUUUAACAUUCAGUUUAUCGAACUAUUCACCAGUUAAAUCAAAUAAAUUCGAAAUUCGGCACACCACCGUCACAUCAACGUUUUACGAUCGCUUUUUGUCACAGAAAAAAGAACGAUCCACCAAAUUGGACAAAUCACCGUCGACACCGGUCAUAACACGAACCUAUUUAGAAUCGUUGCGACCACCGUCUAAAGAUCGAAACUCAAAGUCGGCAGAAAAUUCGCCAUCUCGAACGGGUGCCAUCACCGACGAUUCACUUCUAUUGAAUGCCUACUCGCCCCCAUUCAGCAGUUCGUCAGUACGGAGCUGUGAUAAUAUACCAGCUAAACUGAUGAAAUCAUCGGAUUUGAGAAGUAGUUUUCAUCACCACUCACCUACACCAGCAUCAUCAUCAGUAUUUUUCCAGAGUUGAGUUUCCACAUUUCCCGAUGAGCUGUAAAUGAUACUCUAGUGUUUGCAACUGACACUUGCUGUGUUGUCAUUGACACACAUACACACACACUAAUUAAACUUUGCUAUAUAUACACACAGUGUGUGUUGUGCAGUUAACACUUUCUGUGUGUAAAUUAUACACUUGUGUUCAAUAGUACAGUUCAGGCAAAAAAAAAAGUUUCGAGUUAUCUCGACGCACAAUGUUUAAUUUAUUCAUAUGAUCAUU